GCAGCCGGUCCAUCAGUGGGUGCAAUUCGUGCUUCAGUGUCACAUGUGUGAGCUCUGUGGAUAAGUAACUCAAACCAUGCUGUUAUUUUACAUGCAGUUCAUCUGAAGUUAAAGAACGCUGGUUAGAUACUGUUCACAGGACAAUUACAGAAGCUAGGACGAGGACCGCUACGAUUUCACCACCGCCAAGUGUCCUCAUGAAGGUCUUGAGCAGCACCACUACAAAUAAAGCUCUGAGUGGAGGAGGAAUGGAGGACAGUGUCAUUGACCUGCAAGUGAAUGCUCUCCAUGACAACGGCAAUGUCCCCUCCCUGCAGUGCAAGACGGAGCCGGCGAUUGCAGAACAUGAUGGUGGUAAGAAGGGACUGUUCUCCAAGCUGAUGAGAAGAGACACGCAGACGAACAUAUCCACAAGGCCAGGACACAAGACAAGCCAGCUGUUUGGCCAGCCUCUCCCUGAAGACGCUAAAAUCCCCAAACCCAUUGCAGAGCUUCUUGUGCUGUUGUGGAGGAAAGGUCCGGAUACAGAGGGAGUUUUCCGGAGGGUUUGUAACAGCAAGAACCUGAAUGCUGUCCGUGAUCAACUCAACUCUGGGGUUACGGUGGAUUUGGAGGCACUCCCUGUGACUCUGCUGGUUGGAUUGUUAAAGAUGUUCCUGAGGGAGCUUCCAGGAAGUCUGCUGGUGGCUGAGCGCUACCCGGAGUGGAUAAAAGCGCUGGAAAAAGAAAAGGAAGAGGAGAGAUGUGCUGAAUUGAGAAGGAUUGUUCUCAAACUCCCUGAAGCCAACAGGGUCCUGCUGCAGAACCUGCUCUGUUUGCUGUACCACAUAAUCCAGCGAACAGAGAAGAACAAAAUGGAUCCCAAUAACUUGGCUAUCUGCAUUGGACCAACUCUGCUACAGCUCAGCAACCAGCCUCUAGAUGUGGCCAUGGUCGAGAAGGUGACAAACUUAACCAAGUUCCUGAUUGAAAAUUGCUGUGAAAUCUUUGGAGAAAAUAUCCUGACUUUGCUUGGAGAUCCAGAAGAAGAGCAGGGACAGACCUCAGAUACCAAGUCUUCACACCAGCGUGAUUCAGCAUAUGACAGCACCGAUGGAGAGAGUGCAGAGGCGACAGGACACACACAACAAGCAUGUCCUGACAUCCAAAUCCAGUGUUCAGUCAAUCAUUCGCACUCCUCAGAUAACAUUUUUGAGACUUUCACCAAGCCUUUCGACCGGCGCAGCUCCGAGCCUGCCAUCUUUUCCUCAGCUGGUGUGAAGGACCUCCAAUUUCUGGCACGGAGUCACGAUGACUGUUCUUCUGCUAAAGAGUACGAAGAACAGACGCUAAAGAAGCAAAAUUCUGAUGACUCAUUUUUACAAGCACAGAGGACAAAAUUGCAACCUUUGCUGAGAAAAGCGACUGGCAGUCUAAACCUUGAAGUACCAGCUAUCACCAAAACCUCCUCCUUCUCCUCAUGCUCUCUGGAAAGCACUAACUCAAACACAUCUGAAACUUCAGUGUUUGUGAACUCUCCCGAGCCCUCACCAUCCAGCCCUCGGAAAAUUCAACCAAAACAAUCCAAAACGGACACGAAUGCAAGGCGUCCAUUUACAUUUAAGCGAGCCAAAAGCCUGGGAAGUUUCUCCAGUAACAGGGGAAGCAGCAAGAAAACGGAGGCACAAAAAGAGGGCACUUUUCCAUGUGGGACAUUGCAGGAGGACUCUCAGAAUGAGGCAGAGCUUCCAGAUGAGCCAGUGAGACGCCAAAGGCCACUCUCUGCCAUAGAUGUCUUCGAUCAUGUGGACAGACGUGACCCUGGCAGUCCACCAUCCUACCAACAGGCUCUCAUUUCUGGAGUCCUUCCGGCACCUCCGGAAUACCGUUCCAUGACUGUCCAUCAUGCCAGAGAGCUGGGGCAAAGAUCUCGGCCCAUCUCUAUGACCGAUUGCAUCCUGGACGCUUCUCCUGUUAGCCAACUUUUGGACAAUUUUAACUUCCAUAGUGAUAGUUUAGUCACAACUCAGCAAAGCACAUUUAGGCAACGAGCCAUGUCCGAGUCGAUAGGCUGCACCAGGAUUGAAAAGCACAAUCGUCGGUGCAGUCAGCCUGUGUUCGAGGAGCUCUCAUAUGCAAAGGAGUCAUAUGUGUAAAUUAGUACUUAGCUUUUUGUAGCUUUCACAAUGCACUUGUUAGGCUGAGACAUUCCCUAUAAGGCAGUGUCAUUUUCCUGUAUCUAAAAGCUAUUUAAUAUGCUAAUGUAAAAGUAAUAUCACCAGUGGGAAGCUAUGUUUAUGUAAAUAUAUACCAAUAUGUAAAUAGAAUAGCCUAUUAAAGGGAAUGGUUUGGCAAAAUCAGCUAUUUACUGUUGCACUGGAGCUAAAAGGCUAAUAAUGCUAACAAGUAAGAGACAUCUGUCUCACCAAAAAUAAAUAGCUGCCUCAAAUCACAUCGACAACUUCAACAAAACUUCACUGUGUAGCUUGACACUGUAAUGUCAUGGUGGCAGCCAUCUUGAAAGGCAAAUCACUUUUUUCUUUAGCGUAAUUUGGCAGCAUUCUGCCCCAUAGACUCCGUCCUCCUAAAGUUUGAAAGAGGAAUUCAUACCAGAAACUAGAAGUUUAACAAAACCAUAGCAGAUUUGAGCAUGUGCUUGUAGAAAAGAAACCACGUCAGCUAUGCUAUUAGAUUUGUGGCUCAGGUUCACAACUAAAGAACCAAAUGUCAACACCAAUCAUGUCUUGGCUGAUUGACUACAUUUGCACAAAUUUGUGUAUAUUUUGUUUUAACCUUACUAUUCCAGACUGUUUGACUAAAGAAUUCAUUCUCAGUUUUCAGCCUCUGGCACGUUCAUGAUGACACUUGUAAAUUAGAUAUCUAAUUGUUUGUGUGUAUGUGUAUUAUAUAUGUUAUGAUCUCACUUUUCUUCACUACAAUAAACUUCAUGUUCUAUGAA